AUGCCAUCAACUAGCCGAGCGGGCAGCUUGAAGGACCCUGAAAUUGCUGAGCUCUUUUUCAAAGAAGAUCCAGAGAAGCUCUUCACUGAUCUAAGAGAGAUAGGUCAUGGAAGCUUUGGAGCAGUAUAUUUUGCACGGGAUGUGCGCACCAAUGAAGUGGUGGCCAUCAAGAAAAUGUCUUAUAGUGGAAAACAGUCCAAUGAGAAAUGGCAAGACAUUAUUAAGGAAGUCAAGUUCUUACAGAGAAUAAAGCAUCCCAACAGUAUAGAGUACAAAGGCUGCUAUCUACGUGAGCACACAGCAUGGCUUGUAAUGGAAUAUUGCUUAGGAUCAGCCUCAGACUUACUAGAAGUUCACAAAAAGCCAUUACAAGAAGUGGAAAUAGCAGCAAUCACACAUGGUGCUCUCCAGGGAUUGGCCUAUUUACAUUCUCACAAUAUGAUCCAUAGAGAUAUCAAAGCAGGAAAUAUCCUUCUGACAGAGCCAGGCCAGGUGAAACUUGCUGACUUUGGAUCUGCUUCCAUAGCAUCUCCUGCCAAUUCCUUUGUGGGGACGCCAUAUUGGAUGGCCCCAGAAGUAAUUUUAGCCAUGGAUGAAGGGCAAUAUGAUGGCAAAGUAGAUGUGUGGUCUCUUGGAAUAACAUGUAUUGAGUUAGCGGAAAGGAAGCCUCCUUUAUUUAAUAUGAACGCAAUGAGUGCCUUAUAUCAUAUAGCUCAGAAUGAAUCUCCUACAUUACAAUCUAAUGAAUGGUCUGAUUAUUUUCGCAACUUUGUAGAUUCUUGUCUCCAGAAAAUUCCUCAAGAUCGGCCUACAUCAGAGGAACUUCUCAAGCACAUGUUUGUUCUUCGUGAGCGCCCUGAAACAGUGUUAAUAGAUCUCAUUCAGAGAACCAAGGAUGCUGUAAGAGAGCUAGACAACUUACAGUAUCGGAAAAUGAAGAAACUCCUUUUCCAGGAGGCACAUAAUGGGCCUGCUGUAGAAGCACAGGAGGAAGAAGAGGAGCAAGAUCAUGGUGUUGGCCGAACAGGAACAGUGAAUAGUGUUGGAAGUAAUCAGUCCAUUCCCAGUAUGUCUAUCAGUGCCAGUAGCCAAAGCAGUAGUGUUAACAGUCUUCCAGAUGCCUCAGAUGACAAAAGUGAACUAGAUAUGAUGGAGGGGGACCAUACAGUGAUGUCUAAUAGCUCUGUCAUCCAUUUAAAACCUGAGGAAGAAAAUUAUAGAGAAGAGGCAGAUCCAAGAACAAGGGCAUCAGAACCACAGUCUCCACCCCAAGUAUCUCGCCAAAAGUCACAUUACCGUAAUCGAGAACAUUUUGCUACCAUACGCACCGCAUCACUGGUUACAAGGCAGAUGCAAGAACAUGAACAAGACUCAGAACUGAGAGAACAAAUGUCUGGCUACAAGCGCAUGAGGCGACAGCACCAGAAGCAGCUGAUGGCACUGGAGAACAAGCUCAAGGCUGAGAUGGAUGAGCACCGCCUCCGGCUGGACAAAGACCUUGAAACACAGCGGAACAAUUUUGCUGCCGAAAUGGAAAAGUUGAUUAAGAAGCACCAAGCGGCCAUGGAGAAGGAGGCUAAGGUAAUGGCCAAUGAGGAGAAGAAAUUCCAGCAACAUAUUCAAGCACAGCAGAAAAAAGAACUGAAUAGCUUUUUAGAAUCCCAGAAGAGAGAGUACAAACUACGGAAAGAGCAACUGAAGGAGGAGCUGAAUGAAAACCAGAGUACCCCAAAGAAAGAAAAACAAGAAUGGCUCUCCAAACAAAAGGAGAAUAUCCAGCACUUCCAAGCAGAAGAGGAGGCCAAUCUCCUUAGACGACAAAGGCAAUACCUGGAGCUGGAGUGCCGUCGCUUCAAGAGAAGAAUGCUGCUUGGUCGGCACAAUUUGGAGCAGGACCUUGUUAGAGAGGAAUUAAAUAAAAGGCAGACCCAGAAGGACCUGGAGCACGCCAUGCUGCUGCGUCAGCAUGAGUCCAUGCAAGAACUCGAGUUCCGCCACCUCAGUACUAUUCAGAAGAUGCGCUGUGAACUGAUCCGACUGCAGCACCAGACUGAGCUGACUAACCAGCUAGAAUACAACAAGCGACGAGAACGUGAGCUGCGGCGCAAGCAUGUCAUGGAGGUUAGGCAGCAGCCCAAGAGUCUAAAGUCUAAAGAAUUGCAAAUCAAAAAGCAGUUUCAAGAUACCUGCAAGAUCCAGACCAGACAGUACAAAGCCUUGAGGAACCACCUGUUGGAGACCACACCAAAGAGUGAGCACAAAGCAGUUCUCAAGCGACUCAAGGAGGAGCAGACACGGAAACUGGCCAUCCUGGCCGAGCAGUAUGAUCACAGCAUUAACGAGAUGCUCUCCACUCAAGCUCUGCGUUUGGAUGAGGCCCAAGAAGCAGAAUGCCAGGUCUUAAAGAUGCAGCUGCAGCAGGAACUGGAGCUGCUCAAUGCGUAUCAAAGCAAAAUCAAGAUGCAGGCAGAGGCCCAGCAUGACCGGGAGCUCCGGGAGCUAGAGCAGAGAGUCUCUCUCCGCAGGGCCCUCCUAGAACAGAAGAUUGAAGAAGAAAUGUUGGCCUUGCAGAAUGAACGCACAGAACGAAUACGAAGCCUGCUAGAGCGUCAAGCCAGAGAAAUUGAAGCUUUUGACUCUGAGAGCAUGAGGCUAGGUUUUAGUAAUAUGGUCCUUUCCAAUCUCUCCCCUGAGGCAUUCAGCCACAGCUACCCUGGAGCUUCUGGUUGGUCCCACAAUCCCACUGCAGGGCCAGGCCCUCACUGGGGUCAUCCCAUGGGUGGCCCACCUCAAGCUUGGGGCCAUCCAAUGCAAGGUGGACCCCAGCCAUGGGGUCAUCCCUCAGGGCCAAUGCAAGGGGUGCCUCGAGGCAGCGGCAUGGGAGUCCGCAACAGCCCCCAGGCUCUGAGGCGGACGGCUUCUGGGGGACGGACAGAGCAGGGCAUGAGCAGGAGCACAAGUGUUACUUCACAAAUAUCCAAUGGUUCACACAUGUCUUAUACAUAACUCCAACAAUAAUUGUGCGUGGCAAUUCCACUGGAGCUGUCUGCCAAAAGCACCUGCCGCCUACAGACAUCAUCCCCACAGCCGUGUCCCGGGGGCGCUGCGGUGCACACGGAAUAUCGGGUUCAUUUUGAAAAGCGUUCUGCUCUGGGUUCACUAAUGGGAUGUCAUCGUAUUUGGCUGCUGGCUGUGGUUUUUGUUUUGUUUUGUUUUUUUACUUUGUGGGGGGAACUGUGGGCAGGGGAUGGGUAGAAAACCCCCUCUGCAUUAGCCAGAAAGGAGCCUCUUCUGAAUGCAGUCCAAAUGGGCUUGCACCACCACUUCCUGGGUGCCUCUAUCCUCAGAAGCUUAAUGAAAGGUGUGGAUGGAGCUUUCCUGAUACCCCAUGAUUCUUGGGAGCUGCUCGUGGCAGGUAGCGCGGGUAUGUACU